AUGCGUUUCUUCGUGAUUUUCGCCGCCUGCAUGGCCGUCGGAUCGGCCGACAUUGGCCUGAAGCUGCGUCAGGCAGCGGGAGCCGGUGGGGCGAGCAGCUACGACGUCGGGCAGCAGUCGGUGUCGGUGGACUACGCACCGACCGUCUACCAGGAUUCCGCCUCCGGAGGCGCCGCCGGUGUUUCGGCACGCUCGGGAGGAUUCGGUGGUGGUUCGUCCUCGUUCGGAGGUAGCCAGUCCUUCGGCGGUGGUUCGUCUUUCGGAGGUGGAGCCGGAGGUUCGUCCUUUGGAGGUGGAGCUGGAGGUGGUGCUGAGUUCCAGGCCGGGUAUCAGGCAGGUCUGCGUGCCGGUGCCUCUUCCGGAGCCUCGUCUUUCUCAUCGGGCGGCGGCAGCAGUGCCCGUUUCGGUGGUGGAUCCUUCGGUGGUGCAUCCUUCGGUGGUGCAUCGUCGGGAGCCGGUGGAUUCGGUGGCUCCUCGGGUGGAUUCGGUGGUGCAAGUGCAUCCGCCGCCGCCAAGACUCAGGUCCGCUUUGCUGCUCCGGUUGUCCAGAAGCACUUCUACUAUCACGUCGCCCCGGAAGACCCGAAGGCCGCUGCCGAGGCUGAAACGUUGACCAUCACGCCGCGCAAGCACUACAAGGUCAUCUUCAUCAAGGCCCCGUCGGUCAGUGCCAGUGCCGGAGCCGCAUCCCGGGCUGCCAGCAAAACCGAGGAGAAGACCAUCGUCUACGUGCUGGUCAACAAGCCGUCCCAGGCGAAGGCGGGUGCCGUUGCCGAUGCCAGCUCGUUCUCGUCCGGUAAGCCGGAGGUCUACUUCAUCAAGUACCAGGGUAAGGACGCACAUGGUGCCGGUGGUGCCGGUGCUGGUGCUGGUGCGUUUGCCAACGCCGGAGCUUUCGGUGGCGCUGAUUUCGGUGGAGCCGCCGACUUCGGUGGUGCGGCCGGAUUUGCCGGGGCCAAUGCCGGGGCCAGUGCCGACGCCGGUUACGACUUCGUCGAUGCUACCCGCUCCGGCGGUGUGUCCAGUGCCGCCGCUGGCAGCAGUGGCUACAAUGCCGGAUUCACCGCUGGCUACACCGCGGCUAGCGCCGGCGGAUCUUCGUCGGGCUUCGGUGUCACCCCAGCCUACGACAGUAGCGCAUUUGGUGGUGCUUCUGCUACUAACAACGCGGUUGUCUACUAA